UCCCCCACAGUCCAGCAGUGGACUGUUCCUGUCUGUGGAACGUGCAUAGAACAUGCUGACAUCAGGAACAGUCCAUUUACAAUACACACUAAACAACAUGUGCAGCUUGCCCUAAGGCUCUGUUCUAUUGGGAGAUGGAUUGGGGACAGUCGGAAGAAAGGGAGGAUCAGGGAAGACAGGAUCAUCCUUUUUACACAGUGUGGAGGAUUAAUCCCUUAGGUCCCACAGUGAGUAUAACAAGCAUGCGUUACUGCAUAUACAGACCUUUACCGUUGUGGGUUUAAUAACACUU